UAUUCCCUAAUAUUUAAUUUGGAGUCAUGAUGAUUUCAAGAAUUUCUGUUAUCAUCGUGUUAUCUUGCAUUAUCACUUCAACUCGAGCGUAUGACCCCGAUGCUCUUCAAGAUCUAUGCGUUGCCGAUAAAGCUCACGGAACCAAACUGAAUGGAUUUCCAUGCAAAGAAACUUCAAACAUCACGGCGUCCGACUUCUUCUUCGCCGGAAUCUCAAAACCCGCCGUCAUAAACUCCACCUCCGGCUCCGCCGUGACGGGAGCCAACGUGGAAAAGAUCCCAGGCCUCAACACUCUCUCGGUCUCAUUAGCACGUAUAGACUACGCGCCGGGUGGUUUAAACCCACCUCACACUCAUCCACGCGCCACAGAAGUCGUAUACGUCCUCGAAGGAGAACUCGAAGUUGGGUUUAUUACGACGGCGAAUAAGCUUUUCUCUAAAACCAUAAAGAUUGGUGAAGUAUUCGUUUUUCCAAGAGGGCUUGUGCAUUUUCAGAAGAACAAUGGAAAAUCUCCAGCGUCGGUGUUGUCGGCGUUUAACAGCCAGUUGCCGGGGACGGUAUCGGUUGCUGCGGCGCUUUUUGCGGCGGAGCCUGCGUUGCCGGAAGAUGUGUUAACUAAGACUUUUCAGGUGGGAACUAAGAUGGUUGAUAAGAUUAAGGAAAGGCUUGCAACUAAAAAAUAAUCUAAGCGACGAUAUAUAUAUUGUAACGAUUCAUGAUGUGAAAACCUAGAAAAUUAAGGUUGAUUUUAUGGUAACUACUAACUACGCAAACAUAUUAUUGUAAUUUAUCUUAUGAAUGUGAGUUAUGUAUAUUGUUUCACAAAAUAAAUAAAUCCAAAUAAGGUACCUUCAGGGAUCUUGCAAUC